AUGGCCGACGUCAAUCGCAGAGCGAGUCUCCUGGCUUGUUAUCUUCUUAUUCUUUCGAUUUUGCGCCGUAGAAGAGCUCGAACAAUCCCACGAAGACACAGGUUUUGGGUUCGACAGAUAUAUCAGAAGCGAGAAGAAUUAGGAGCUUACCAUACUCUGGUACAAGAGCUCAGACUGCAUGACAGGGAAUUUUUCUUCAGGUAGGAUUUUCAAACUAUGCGGCUUGUACAGUUUACAAGGAAACUGACUGAUGUGAAGCAUAAACUUAUUGUCUAUGCUAGGUUCACAAGAAUGUCCCCGGAGCGUUUUGAAUAUCUUUUAACCCUUGUUGGUCCGUUCAUAGCCAAGAAACCGUGCUGGUCGUGCCAGUUUUGCACU